CCCCAGAUGGAGUCACGGCAAAACUGCGGCUCUUGUGGCACUAAUUCAUAUAUUCAGCGCGGUCUGACUGUAACGAUAUCAAGAUUUGCUGCGGAACGACGACGCUGAACUUGCACCAUUCACUAUCACAGUAUGGGCAGCAGUCAAUCACACUUCGUCACCGAUCCAAGCUCGUUGAUUGACUUAAAAGAAUGGGAUUACAUCGUUGUUGGCGCGGGCUGGUCACAAGUUGGUCGAACGCUGAUCAAUAGAUGGCAAUCUUGCUUAUUUGAUCGUCCAACCUUUAGCAGCGAGGAUGAAAUGUUCUCUCGUAUACCUGCGGGGAUGACGAGGCUUUUCCACACCAAAUCUGACUGGGAAUAUUACACCUCGCCUCAAUCUGCACUAAAUAUGAGAUCAGUGUACUGGCCUCGUGGAAAGUUGUUGGGAGGUUGUAGUUCAAUUAAUGCCAUGAUGUAUCAACGUGCACCUUCUCAAGAUCUCGACGAAUGGGAAGGGUUAGGAUGUUCUGGGUGGAAUGCAAUGAAUCUCGCUCCAUAUUACCGGAAAGCGGAGAAAUUCACGCCUAACCUUCUUCAUCCUCAUACCACCCACGAGCACCAUGGGGAUUCAGGGUUGUGGCAGACUGGGUACAGGGAGCCGCAUCCUAAUGCUGAUAGGUUCAUUGCCUCAUGCGUGAAUGCAGGAAUCCCAAGCAAGAAUGACUUCAAUACCCCCGAGGGACCUAUCGGAACCACCCACAUGAUUUCGUUUAUUGAUCAAAAUGGGCGAAGAAGUUCCGCUUCCACUGCUUAUCUUUCCCCCGCUGUCAUUGCACGCCCGAAUCUAACCAUCCUCCUGAAGACUUAUACCUUGAAGCUCCUUUUCUCGUCCGCUGGUGCACAUGAUGACCCAAAUCCCAAAUGCAUAGGGGUUGAGGUUGCAUCAGCCGAAGUUCCCCCACACGAAAAUGAGACUCCACGGUACAAAUUAUUUGCCAAAAAGGAACUUAUUCUGUGCGCAGGAGCAAUCAACACACCGCAGAUACUGAUGGCGUCCGGGAUCGGACCCGACGACGUGCUACUGAAGGCGGGUAUCCCCCGCUUAGUCCCUGAUGCAGAAGGCCUCGGCACACACGUUGGAAGGAACCUGAGCGAUCAUCUCAUGGCUUCCGCCGUUUUCCGUUCAAAGGAUUCAGUCGAUUAUCUCAAUCAUUCAAAGCUUGUGCUGCUGUAUCUUCUGCAACACGCCCUUUUCGGCACAGGUCCAUUUUGCACUAAUUACACGGAUGGUGUCGCUUUUCUCCGCCUUGAUGCGACUAGGGAGCUGUGGAGGUCCAACCUAUCGAGCCUCUCUGACGCCCCAGUACCAGAUGCAACGUCAGGGCCAGACGCGCCCGAUAUCGAGCUUAUCAGCAUUCCUACGACAUAUUUCCGUGCCGGUUCUAUCCCCAUUGAGCCAGGUGGAAAGUCAUUUAGUAUACUACUUAUUCACCUCAGGCCUGAGAGCCAAGGUUCUAUCACUGUUCAGUCCGGGAAUGUAUUCGAUAAGGCGAUUUGCGAACCGAAUUAUCUGGAGUCGAAAGUUGAUUUGCAGGCCCUUGUGCGGGGUGUCCGCAUUGUGUUGAAGAUAGCACGCACCAAGCCACUUUCGGACCACCUUGUUUUUGUUGACCCUAAGGAGAAACCGAACAAUGACAUGAUGAACAUGUACUGGCUUGCUGAUCAAGAUCCCGAGACCCUGACAGACAAAGAUAUUGAAAACUGGAUCCGAUUGCACGCCGAGACACUGUAUCAUCCGACGAGUACGGCUCGGAUGGCUGGCUCGCCUUCAAAAGGCGUUGUCGACCCUUCUUUACGUGUGUUUGGUGUCCAGAACUUGCGCAUUUGCGAUGCUUCAGUCUUCCCGAACCAGAUUGCGGCCCACCCUACAGCAACGAUCAUUGCAAUGGCAGAGCGACUAGCGGAUUUAAUCUUAACAUGAAUCGCCGGACUCCAACAAGCGCUGCGUGUGGCCCCGAAGGUUAUAAUUCAGUGGCAUAGGAAUCUAAAGAUCCAGUACACGUGUCUAUCA